AUGACAUUUACCAAAUCAACCUUUAAACUAACUCUUGAGGCUUUUGAUGGAUAGACUUAAGGUGUAGUUUAUACAAAACAUCUGUAAUAAAUAUAAAAUUCUACAUUCCAGGGAAACAGUAGAUAUAUCAUUUUCAUGUUUUCUUUACUAUCAGGAUUUCUCCCUCCAAUUCAUCAAUAAAUUUUACAAUAAACCUAUAUCUUUACUAACUUUUUGUUCUUUAGACACUUUAAAAGAUUAGGUUGUUUAGAUAUAUUCCAAUAGAACACCCUCCAAAAGUUUUCUAUUGUAAGUAUUUUACAUCAUAUCCCUAGUCUAGGAUUUUAAGUUUGAAAAACACCAAUCCAGUAUCAUGUACAUAAACCUUCAUGCAUAAUACAAUUUAUUGAUCUCCACAGGGGAAUCUUCCAUUUCUAUUAGACAUAAUCUUGAUAGAUUUAGUAUCGCUCCACUUUCAAAGAGGAAAGCAUCAAUAUAACUAAUCUAUGAUCCUUAUUAUCAUCUUAGUGAUAAUAGUCUCAAUAGUAGGUAGCCAUUAGCCCUACUCUAUGUAAUACAGCCAAAAAUUUUUUAGUUAGCUUCGCUGAAAGCCCAUCAUUAUCCUUUAUAUAGGCAAAAAGGAGGUAAAAUCAAGAUCUCUAAUAACCGUUAUCUAGUUAAUACUUUAAUUCACAGAGCUCUAUUUGCUGGAUUAUUAUAUAUCAUUUUGUGA